AUGGUAACCAAUCUCAGACGUAUGACCCAAAAAGGGGAGCAACCCAAGGCAUAUUUGCGAGUCCCUGGAUAUGAUGUACACGAGACCAAGGCUUUUUUCCCUAGGGAUGCCACGGGGAGGGUCAAUGUGAAUGGCUCUUGGACCGUUGAAGACCCAUUGCGCGAAUUGGCAGAGUCUUCUGACGUGCCGGAGAGAUGUUUGAUACCACGAUUUCCUGAUGAUCCCAAAGGGCGAUUCGUUGAUUCGCUGGACGAGGAGAUACCGGAAGAAAGGCCAACAGAUUCUCAGGCAGAAUCUCAAGAUACCACAAAGCUGGCCCACAGCGGGAAAUGGAGAAGCAUCGGGUCUUUGGAUCAAUUCUGGGAGGCGAUGUCCUUCAGGCAGGAAUGCUCAUCCGGUCGGCUUGUAGGCUUCCUCUGGGCUGUGUUCAUACCUAAUAGGUGGUCACAUGAUGAUACUAAAGUUGAGACUGCCCCUGAGACGACAGCUCCAGGUUCUCCCAACGGCGAGCCAAGCGCAUCGAUACCUACCCAACCACUGUCGCAGGUUCUAUCGGAGUCUUCGAUCCCUCCGCCAAACGAUGAACCAAAUUUCGAUGGCCUUGCACAAAGGUCUGAAGUUACUGGUAAUUACUAUUGGCCAAAGACAAGUCGGGGCGAGGCCGUGCUCCAACAACAAGAGUAUGAUGAGGUGUUUAAGUUCCUCCUGGAUCUAGACUAUGGCAAUAAGGAGAAGGCGAAAGCUUCAACCAGCAAGUGGAUGGGUGAGAUCGCUCACAGAGCCGAUUUGUUAACCUGGGGUAGAGUAAUAUCUGGCGAGCGACCAAUAGCCCCAAAUUUACCGCAAGCUGCCACAGGCGAACAGGUGACGAACCUACUCAGUGCAGGACUCGUCCGCAAAAAGAAGAGGAUUGCAGAUGAUGACGUUCUGAUGGCUGUGACCAAAAAGCCAAAGACACAGUGA